AUGGCUUCACAAAGGAAACAAUGUGUCAUUCCUUUUAAGCCAUCCAAUUCAAGUUAUCCGUUUAUAAGUCCGGGGUUUAGAUUUUCUAAUGAAAAGAUGAGGGAAGUCAUUGCCACUUCUAUUAUGGUACAUGAGUAUCCUUUUAGCAUUGUAGAAGACGAUGCUUUUAUAUGGUCAUUUCAGUAUGCGAACCCUGAAUUUCAGAAAGUUUCUCGUAAGACGAUACGAAGUGAUUGCAUAGCAAUAUAUGAAGCAGAAAGAAAAGCAUUGAAGGAAUUAUUAAAGAGUGUGAGCAAGAUUAGCUUGACAACAGAUAUGUGGAAAUCCAGUCAUCAAGUGAUUGAAUAUAUGGUAAUCACUGGUCAUUUUAUAGAUUCUGGGUGGAAGCUUCAGAAAAGGAUUUUAAGCUUUGUCAAGGUGCCUGCUCCAAGGCGAGGAAUUGAUGUAGCCAAUGCCAUUUUCAAAUGUUUGAAGGCUUGGGGGAUCGAAGAUAAAGUGUUCUCAGUAUCAGUUGACAAUGCUUCAUAUAAUGACUCGUGCUUGAGGUAUCUAAAAGACUACAUAUCACGCAGCACCAAGCUUGUCCUCGAUGGAGCUCUAUUUCAUGUUAGAUGUUGUGCACACAUAUUGAAUCUUUUGGUGCAAGAUGGGCUUAGUCGAAUCAAAGAUAUCAUCCAUAAUGUUCGUGAAAGUGUGAAGUAUGUAAACUUCAAUGAUUCAAGAUUGAAGAGUUUUGGUGAAGUAGUUGAACAAAAGCAUCUAAAAGAAAGGAAGUUGAUAAUUGAUUGUCCAACAAAGUGGAAUUCUACAUAUCACAUGUUAGCCGCUGCUUUAAAAUUCAAGAUUGUCUUCUCAGAAUACCAAGAAAGAGAACCUCAUUAUACAUUUGCACCUUCAAAUGAAGAUUGGGAGAAAGUCGAGAAAGUUUGUAAACUUUUAGAGGUUUUCAACUUAGCUACCAAUUUAAUAUCUGGAAGUGAAUAUCCUACUGCCAACUUGUAUCUUUCAGAGGUCUGA